GUUAAUAAUUGUGGUCUUCAGCUGGUUAUCCAGACGUCAUCAAUAACAGAUAAAAGCAAACCGUUUGAAUUCAGGAUAAAUAAAGAACAGUCAUCUUUCAAUCACAAACUUCUGCAGCAUGAUCUGGAAAAAAACUACUCAGGAAGGCAAGGAGAGCAAAGAGUAUUAAGUCCUUUAGUGCGCAAUAAGCAGAUGUAUCUUCCAGUACCAUCCAGUCUGACAGAACUUUCUGGUUUGGAGUUGAAGCAGAAUACAGGUACUUUAUCAGGAUUUGGAGAGUCUUCUGUUCACACGCCUACGAAAUCCAGGUCCCGGCAAAGCAGCCAUGGUAUUGGUUCAUAUGCAUCAGAUAACACAAAUUUUGGGAGCAGUUCAUCAAUAACAUUUCCUAUAUUGCAACGUACUGCGGAAGAAAAAAUACUGAACUCCGAUAGACUUACCCUGGAAAGGCAAAAACUGACAGUGUGCCCGGUUAUCGAUGGGGAAAAUCAUAUUCGCCUUUUGAACUUCCAACAUAACUUUAUAACCCGGAUCCAGAACAUUUCUAAUCUGCAGCAUCUUGUUUUCUUAGAUUUAUAUGAUAAUCAGAUAGAGGAAAUAAAUGGGCUUUCAACUCUGAGAUCCCUAAGAGUCCUUUUGUUGGGAAAGAACAGAAUAAAGAAGAUCUCAAAUCUGGAGAACUUAAAAAAUCUUGAUGUUUUAGAUCUUCAUGGAAACCAG